AGUCUAUUAUUGUUUUAGAAAGUGACGUCAUAAAAAUACUUGGCACUAAUAUACAUGUACUGGUAAUUUUGUGACACGACCCUCGUGACAGUGUUUUAUGGUUUAGUUGGAACUGUAAACAGAGAAUAUAACAUCAGAGCUACUUGACCGUUAGAGUCUGAGUGUUUAAAUGCUUUGAAGCUCAGCACGGUAUGUAUGAAUGGCGUGUCGUAGAAUGAUGUCCAGCCUUACCAGUCUUAUCCUAGUGGUCACAAUAGUUGGAACUGCUGGAACUAAAGGAUGGGAUGUCCCUCCAGAUCCCUACGGUGACCCAGAUAAUUCUCAUGGCUCACAUGAGCUGGACCAUAGCGAGAAACUUCUUGACCUGUCCGUAGAUGGCCAUAUCUUUGGAAUGGAUCAUCUAAAUGCUGCAUUCAACUGGAACACAUUCGACAAGUUUCUGCAAUGUUUGUGUGGAGUGGACAAUGACAGAUGUGACGUUGUGAUCAACGGUGACACAGUCGAGAAAGUUAUUGCUAACGAAGGACCCAUUACAUUAAUGGCUACCAACAACUACAUCUGCAGCGCCAUGGAUGGCACCAGCAUUAGGUGCAAGAGGGCUGACGAUGAUGGCAAGCGAGCUUUCACUGUGGAGGGAGACCACUGCCCAUUGCAGAAAGUCGACGUCUAUUGGGUGAAACACCAGAGACUUGAUGUCAUUGUGAGGAAGGGAUACUCCAGCUCCAUGUUGAGAUGCAUCGACCGAUGCCGAUACGUCGACGGCAGAGAUGGCCACGGCAUCAGCAAGGUUCUCAAAGCUGUCAUCAUUUCCGUCGUGUGCCUCAUCGCCACCUGUGCCCUCGUGAUCACCGUCUGCCUCGUCAAGCGUCUCAAGCGGAAAAGCAAGGUCAGAGUUCAGGAAAAGGUCAAACCUAUUGAACCCGAUAACCCGGAAAAGAUUGCAAAGAAUGAUAUGAAGUAUAGUCCCACCUCUGUACUUCCACCGUAUUCGUAUUUCGACUCAUCAAAUCACUAUGACGGCAACAACUUAGAAAAAGGAUCGGCUCUAUCACAGCAUGAUUUAUUCAAUACAGAAGGGGGAGGAACUACUUUUGAAAACGCCGGCGAGUUGCCUCUCUUACAAUGGCCUAGGGAUACAAGAUUAAUGGCGCCUCCCUACGAAAGCGCCCCGCCACCCUAUUACACUAUAUGUAAACCACUAACCACCAUCAACGAAGAGAUGAUACUGACCCAAACUCCCUCGGCAGCCCAGGUCAAUCUGCCUGAGAAGGAAACUAGCGUAGAAAUGCCUAGCGAACCACGACUUAAGCGAGACAAACGACGUGCGUUGGUUAAUAUCUCUUCCUAACUGAAUGCCGUAUAAUGUAUACUCAUUAAUGUAAUAAUUGUAAUCUCUUUUAUGGUUAAAAACUUUCUAAUAUGUAUUUUUUCAAACGUUACUUGAACCGGUUGGCGAUUAAGUUAAUAAAAGUAAUCUGCUCUUGGUUUUCAUAUUGAUUUUUAAACAUCUGGUUUACAUUCUUUACGCAAUAAAAUUGCAAUAGCAUAUGCAAAGAAGAGAAAGCGAAAUGUACAAAUGUGGGGGCGAUAUAAUGGAGCUUAUAAGAAAUGUAAGAAAAUGGAAAUAGGAGGAUAAAGGCGUGAUUUUUAACUUUUAAAACAAUGCAAUGUCAAGGACGAUAUAAGCCCUGCUGUGAACUAAAUAACGUAAAUGUAUUUGUGUUACAAAGUGCCAGAGCUUAGACAAUUGAUUCUGCGGUUCUUAUAAUAUACACUUUUUAUCAGAUUUAAUGAGUCCUAAAAUACAUGUACUUCUAUAUUUCGUUCAACAGAUACACACACGUGGAGUGUAAAAGUUUACCUGCAUCUUGUGAUCCUUACAAUAAAACAAUUAAUAUAUGUAGUUUUUUCAUUGUUACUUGACUAGAAUAAUAUAUAUAAGAAUUAUUGUAAAUAAAUAUUAUUUUUUUUUUGUAGCUUUACCGUGGACUUCUUUGAAUAAACAUAGCUGAAAAGA